AUGCUGUUCUGCCCGACAUGCGCUAAUCUCCUCGUCAUAUCCUCAGAAACAGGGUACAAUAAAUGGGCAUGCAAUUCCUGUCCAUACGAGUUUCCCAUCUCGAAGCAGAUGACUUCCCGUUCGCGUAUGACGCGCAAGGAAGUAGACGACGUACUCGGAGGAGAGGAGACCUGGAGAGAUGCUGAUUCUACUGCAAUCACUUGUGACAAGUGCAGUCAUCCUCGCGCAUAUUUCUAUCAGUUACAGAUCCGAUCUGCGGAUGAGCCCAUGACGACAUGUAUCUCCAGAUGCGCCGGCUGUGCCUAUCAAUGGCGCGAAAAUUAA